AUGAGGCAGAAAAACCUCAAAUGGUUCCUCGUAUUUACAUUAAUUCUCAACACCUUCGAUAUUUCUCAUGAAAAUCCAACAAACCCUGCAACAGAUAAGCUCACUUUUAAUCAACUUAUCAACUUUACUCAUCAAAGGCGGCUACAAGAUUCCAAUAUGAAAAUAACACCUCAAUUUCUGGUAGCCGGAAUUCUAUGCUUUAUCGCCGCAUGUAUUUCGAGUGCCGGUGGAAUUGGUGGCGGUGGUCUUUUUAUUCCCAUUCUCACCAUUGUCGCCGGUCUGGACCUCAAAACAGCCUCAAGCUUUUCAGCGUUCAUGGUUACCGGAGGAUCAAUCGCUAAUGUUGCCUGCCACAUGUUCCUCAGAAGUACAAAACAUGGCGGUAUUGAUUACGACAUGACACUAUUAACAGAGCCCUGCAUGUUGUUGGGAGUGAGUAUUGGUGUUCUCUGCAAUCUCGUACUUCCCGAGUGGCUUAUCACAAUACUGUUUGCAAUUUUUCUUGCUUGUUCCACCUUCAAAACCUGCAAAUCUGGGAUAUGUUAUUGGAAAAUUGAAUCAGAAGUUCUAAGAAGAAAUCUUUGCAUUAAUUCGGAAAAUGGGGGAGAAGUGCCUCUGUUGAAUGAAGAACCUGCAGGGUUAAUUAAAUUGGAUAUUCCAUUGAUAAAGCUCGGGAUGCUGAUUAUGAUCUGGUUUUCGUUUUUUGUGCUCUAUCUUCUUCGUGGGAAUCGCUAUGGACAAGGUAUUAUACGUAUAGAGGCAUGUGGAGUGGGAUACUGGAUCAUCUCGUUACUCCAAAUUCCUCUGGCCAUAAUUUUCACGACGUGGAUCCUCUGCAGCAGGAAAAGCCUCGAGAAUCGGCAGGAAACUGAAGCUGAAACUAAAGCUCGACCAUCAGAGAACCUCAUGUUCCCAAUAAUGGCGUUACUAGCAGGGGUUUUGGGAGGAGUUUUUGGAAUUGGUGGCGGCAUGCUUAUAAGUCCACUUCUUCUCCAAAUGGGAAUAAAGCCUGAAGUUACAGCAGCAACCUGUUCAUUCAUUGUAUUCUUCUCCUCAUCCAUGUCAGCAGUUCAGUACUUGAUGUUGGGGAUGGAGCAUAUUUAUGGUGUCCUAAUCUUUGCGUUGAUUUGUUUUGUUGCUUCGUUAGUCGGAAUGAUCUUAGUACAAAGAGCCAUAAUAAAACAUGGGAGAGCCUCCAUUAUUGUGUUCUCCGUUGGUACAGUGAUGGCUUUUAGUACUGUUCUGAUGACUAGCUUCGGAGCAGUCGAUGUUUGGAGGGACUACGCAAGUGGGAAAAGCAUGGGUUUUAAGAAACCUUGUUAA